AUCUUCUCCCUGUCUCUGCUCCUCCGUGUCCAAUGCUGCGGUGAUUCUGGGCGGUGUUGAGGCCAGAGAGCCAUCAGAACCCAGUGAUCCCUAUUUUCCACAAGGCGGAAUGACAUUGAGUAAUUGAUUCAGCACUGCAACGAAGAAACGAGACUGUUGUCCUCGCAGGAACUUCAUGUGUCUAAAAGCACGCAUCCUCUUUGACUACUUGUCAGUUACAUUAAAACAGCUUCCGCAAGCAUUAAAUAUGCAUGCGUUUGAUGGACGAGUGGUCAAACUCUUCUCAACGGUUAAAUCACAAAUUCGAUGACGCCAAUCGGGCAAGCCUAACAAAGCUAAACUCCGACAACAAACCAGGCUGUGGCGCAAGAACCCCACCCUUAUCAUGACCAACCUCAACAAACAUUGAUUCGAUUACUUCCAUGUCUACCCCAUGCUUGAGAUGAUGCUAUGAUGCUAUAACUAGCUAUUUGCAUGGAUUGUCCUGUUGUUUAGUUAUAAAAGGCAAUUAACUUCGACCACAGUUAGAAAAACGCUCUCGUGUCUAUCUGAAGUCUAUCGUAAAAUAUUGAUUAAUUAUAUUUAAUCAAGAACUCUAUCUAAUCUUUAAAUGGACGAUUCCUCCGCAGUACCGCUAUCAGAUCUAGUCCAUCAAUGGUUGGAUUGGGACCAUGACCCUGAAACUCGCGCCGAAAUCAUCAGACUGCGCGACGAGAAGAAUGAAGAUGAGUUGGAGAAACGCUUGCGGAAACGCAUCGAAUUCGGUACCGCUGGGCUGCGCGGCCGUAUGCAAGCCGGAUUCUCAUCGAUGAAUGCCCUCACCGUCAUCCAAGCCUCACAGGGCCUUGCCAAAUUUAUCAGACGGUCGCAUCAACAAUCGCAGGAGCAGGAGCACUCGCAGCCUUCGGUGAUAAUUGGCCGCGACGCACGGCAUAACUCGAAGAAAUUUGCCAUGCUGGCUGCGAAUGCGUUUGCUGCUGAAGGGAUUCGGGUGUUGUGGUAUCGGAGUGCUGGGCCAACGCCGCUUGUACCCUUUGGCGUGUUGAAGAAUCGGGAGGCGUGGGGGGUUAUGGUCACGGCUAGUCAUAACCCCGCAAGAGAUAAUGGAUAUAAAGUAUACGCAUCGAACGGUUGCCAGAUAAAUUCGCCCAUGGACGCGGAGAUCGCGGAUCUGAUCGAACAAAAUCUGGAGCCUUGGUCGAACGCUUGGGACGCAAUGGAUGAAAGUAAACACCUAGCGUUGGAUUACUACAAGGAUACGGCGAAAAUGUACUGUGACUCUGUCACUCGGUUCAUUAAUUCCAUAAAACUGUCAUCGGGCCCUCCAAGACCCUUCGUCUAUACACCAUUACACGGCGUUGGACAUUCCCUAAUGUCCCGGCUAUGUGAGCAGCUGGGGAUGAAGGAUUUAAUAACCGUCGUCGCCGAACAGCAAGAACCGGACCCUGACUUUCCAACCGUCGCCUUCCCAAACCCAGAAGAAAGCGGCGCCUUAGAUCUCGCCAUGAAAACCGCUGAUGCUGUGGGUCACGAUCUGAUCAUCGCCAAUGAUCCGGAUGCGGAUAGACUCUCUGUGGCGGAGAAAGUAAACGGCAACUGGAUAAAAUUCACCGGCGACCAACUCGGCAUCCUCCUCGCCUCCUAUAUGCUGGACACUAUACACUCACAAACAGCCAAUAAACCCCCACAUGCGCAAAAGAAGAUAGCAAUGCUCACCACCGCCGUAUCAACAAGCAUGCUCUCCAAAAUCGCCCGCGCCGAAUCCAUCCACGCUCAAGAAACACUCACUGGCUUCAAAUGGCUUGGCAACGUCGCCAGACGUCUCGAAUCUCGCAUACCCAGCGGUGAGGACGACCAGAACAAGAACAGCAGUGACGGUUACACCGUCCCCUUCGGCUUUGAAGAGGCCCUUGGCUACAUGUUCCCCGCCAUCAGCUAUGACAAAGAUGGCCUAACGGCCGCCAUGGUCUUCGUCGCCGCAGCCGAGCCGCACUGGCGUGUCAACGAGGGGCUGACACCGUACGAAAAGCUGAAGCAGCUGUACGGGCGGUACGGGUAUUUUGAGAAUUUGAACACGUAUUUCGUGUCGCCGGAUGUGGCGGUUACGCGGAAGUUGUUUGAGGGCGUUCGUGAGAAGGUUGCGGAGAAGGGGUUGGGGGAGGGGGGCGUGCAGGAGCGGUUGGGGAUGGUGGGGCGUUUGCCCAUAUUGCGCUGGCGGGAUGUGACGUUUGGAUUUGAUUCUGGCGCUGGUGGUGAGGGUGGUGGCAUGCAGCUACCCGCUGAUCCAAAUAGUCAGAUGGUGACUGUGUGGUCAGAGCGAGGGAUUCGAUUCACAUUACGCGGGUCCGGGACGGAGCCGAAGAUUAAGAUCUAUAUCGAAAGCUGCUCCAACUUGCGUGACGAAGCGGUCAAGGCCGUCUGCGAUGUGUUUAUGGCUGUGCUAGAAGACUGGAUACAGCCUUGUGCGCCUGGUGUGACUUAUGCGGAGCGGAUUGUUACGUCGUCGGGGUUCGUGCUGGAUGCACGUAGUGUACCUGCGCUAGGUUAGGGUGACAAUGUAGUAUCAUGUUUCCCUCCUUUUCCCACCACCGAUUUUCGCUUCUUCCUUUGAUCCUCCUGUUGGCGUUUAGGGGAUUUGAGAUAUAGCUAUGGGGGUUUUAUUAUUAGAAGCUUCUGCGUGCGGCGGAUGAUUUAUUGAAGUCAUUGCGAAAAAUUUACAUCCAAACAAUACAUAACUAUCUGCCUUGGCCUUGGGAUGAUGUUCGUGCUUUUUCACACUUCCAGAUUUGGGCUUUAUGUCUCCAAUGCAAACCAACAUUGCUCCAGCUCAUUUUCUGUAACUCACGCCCAUGGGGGAACAAAUAAAAGCUGUAUGAGGAGUUGCUGUUUCUGGUCCAGAUUUUAUUUUGUAUAUAGAUGUUUAUAUGAAUAUGGCCAUGUAUCAAAUGCAGCAAAAGUAUAGAUUUAAAAGGAAAGGUUUGUUAUCACAUACAAAAAUUUUACAGGAAAAAAUAAAAAAAAAAAAAUCAAAAUAAAAUAUAAAAUAAUACUCGGAGAAUCAUUCCCAACGGACAGAAACAAAAACGCAGUGUAUUCGGCAGCAAGAUACAUAGGUUAGUUGGGUGGGGUAGGGUACAUUUGACAUCAGCGUAGGGCGGGGAUAUUUGCAUAUACAGGUGGGAGGUAUUUUAUGCGAUUUUAGCGGGAAAAUUUUCUUAUUCCUUGUAUGGAAGUGUAAGCAAAGACAAGACAAGGUAAAAGGGCAAAAGCUGAAAGAACCAAGAACUCAUCCUCUUUCUCUUCUCUCUAAAAGUGAAUAGCCUUCGAAUAGGUAGCCAUAGCCGCCUCCUUGAAAGCCUCCGAAAGCGUCGGGUGCGCAUGGCAUGUCCGCGCUACAUCUUCACAGCUAGCGCCGUACUCGAUAGCCAGUGUGGCCUCCGCAAUCAUCUCACCCGCGCAGGCGCCGAUGAUAUGCACGCCCAGGAUCCGAUCCGUCUCCGCGUCUGCGAUGAACUUGACCUGGCCCUCGGUUUCCAGGUUGGUCUUGGCGCGUGAGUUGGCGCUGAACGGGAACGUGCCGACGCGGUACUUGAUGCCGGCGGCUUUGACGUCGGCUUCAUUUUGGCCUACCCAGGCUACUUCGGGAUGCGUGUACAUGACGCUGGGGAUGGCAGCGUAGUUGACGUGGCCGUAGCCCUUCUUGAUGUACUCGACGGCCGCGACGGCUUCCUCUUCAGCCUUGUGUGCGAGCAUGGGCCCGAAUGUGCAGUCCCCGACGACGCGGAUGUGCUGGGCUUUUGUCCGGUACUCCUGGUCGAUGACCACACGACCCUUCUCGUCGACUUCGAGACCCACUUUCUCCAGGCCCAGACCCUCUGUGUACGGUCUGCGGCCAAUGGCGACCAACACAACGUCAGC